AGCACAUGUAUCAAGUUCAGUACUUCAGUGAUUUGGCUAACUUCAUUCCAUUUUUCUAUAAAUUAGAUUAGAGGAUAAGAAAAUAAAGAUAUGUAGCAAGAUUUUGUCAUGUGCUUGUACAAGUAUCAGAAAUCAAUGGCUUGCAAUCCUGUAUAAGCUAAGCAAAAGAUUUGAUGCUGUAACAUGAAGAUCGCAGCAUAUGAAGGUUACUUAAAAGAGCAAAAAUUUAUGAUUGAGCUUAGGUUUUACAAUUAAUACUCGAAUUCGGGGUUGUUCAAAACAUUAAAACCGAGGAGAGGUAAACUUAUGGGUUAACCCAAGUUCAGAUCAGCUCCAAUCGCCUUUGACUCUAAUACAUGACAUAUUUUGAACCUCAAUUGAGCAGUGUAUGGCUUAUACCAUCCAUGAUCCAUCAAGAGAAUCGACCAACAACAUCUUAUAGUAAUGGACGUUGAGAAUAUAUGGGUCAAAAUAAGUUUUUUUUUAUUUUUUAUUUUUUACUUCUAUAUAUAUAUUUUAUGCUAGGAGAACUAAGACUAAGGAAAAUGUCUUAUAAGGUAGGAGGUUGUUUUUCAAUUUGUCUAACAUAAAUCCGUUACAAAAACUAAUACUUGUAAACCCAAUAUGCUAGGUACUUCCUGACAAAUUUUCCUACCAAUAAUCGCAGAUUAAUAUCCUUCCUUCCUCGAGUAUAUUUACGCAUAAUUUAUUUAUUUUUCUUAAAGGGAGGAUAUAUGAGGAGUAUUAAAGAUUGAUGAUUAGAGAAGUUGGUUAUACCUGGAAGACAAGCCAUUGUCACAUGUAGGCUACUGAUAAAGAAAGAUACCUGGAAGUGGACCUCCUUAAGUAGACAUGAAGAAACAUUAAAUUGACAUAUCCUUUUGAUUCUUCUUGUUUUUUUGUGAUUUGCCAACCUCAUUAUAAUAAUUUCCCAUUUGCCAAGUUUUUUGUCUCCAAACUCGAUUCUUUUGUCUAUGAAAUACAAACUUCAAAGUUAUCCUUUUUUUUUUCAAAAAAAACUUUAUUAAAGAGAAAUUUGUAUUCUCCUUUGCUUGCUUCACCCUUGUUCACAAUGCUCUCCUUACAUGAGAAAGGAACAUACAACUCUACAAGCAACAACUUCUUGUUCUCUUCUUUUAUAAUAAUCCCUUUUUCAUUCAUGAUCACAACAUCUCCUUUCUCGAUCCCUCGAUAGAUAGCUAGCUAUAGCACGACUCCAUGGAGGAUUGUAACACGGUUAUCUCUGAUUGUAUCAUCAUAUCAUGUUGUUGUCAAUGCUUGCUUCUACAACUCGUUAUCUUCAUCUUUAUACAACUCCCUCGUCGUGUGGCUCGUAAGACAAAAGAGUAUGCAAAAAGGAAGCUAAGGAAGAGGAGAAAGAAGAAACAUGGUGAUCAUCUAGAAAUGGUAGAGGAUAAACAAAAGGCGGUAUAUGGGGACGAGUUUGUUGGGUUAGAUGAUGAUGAUAAAAGAGGAAAGUCAAUGUCUUUGAGAAUUCUUGAAUUAGAAAGUAUGGCAAUGAAUGAGUUGCAUAAUUGGGGGAGUUGUAAUGAAGAAGUUGAUAAGGUGUUAGGGGAGUUGGCUUUAAAGGGAGAAUUUGGAUUUGGUAGUUUUUGGGGAAGAAAUUCUGAAAUUCAAACAAGAAAAAAUAAUUGUUAUUGUAAAUGUAGUAGGAGUUUGACAAAAGAAGAAGAAUUAGAUUUUGGUAGUCACGUUGUGAAGUUUCAUUUGAUUGAAGUAAUUGAAUCUUUUGAUUAGCAACCUAUAAUUGUUAUUGUUAUGAUUAUUAAUUAUAUCAUCUCAAAAGUCGCUAGUAAUGAAUGACUUAGUCAUGAAUCAAUUAUUGAUACAUUAGGUUUGGACUUCUAAUCAUUUAAAGUUUUAUGAAUAUUUUAGUUAUAACAAGUAUGUAAAUAUAUAGUGAUAACAAGUUUUAGAUUCUUAUAUAGUGUAUUUUGUAAUAUAAAAGGUAGGAUUUAGUGGAUAAAGCUGUGUUUUCUUAAUUAUAUUAAGAGGUGUUUAGUACUUGGAAUUGAAGGUGGGAUAGCAUAGAUUUCUUUGUUUGUUUGGACUUUGGAUGGAUUGGAAAUAAAAAAAAAAAAGGAGAGGACUAUUAGGGACGAGAAUUGUUGAAAAAGUCC